AUGUCCAGCCCCUUCGAUGUCAUUGCCAUCAUCACUCCCAAGCCCGGCAAGGCAGAUAGGGUCGAAGAACUUCUGACAACCGCAGCCAAAGCUGUAAAGGCGAACGAGCCUGGUACGCUCCGGUACCAUAUACAUCGUCAAACCAAGGGCGAUGCGCCAAUAUUCGUGAUGCUUGAAACAUAUGCAAACAAAGCGGCUCUGGAAACACAUGGAAAGAGCGAGGACUUCAAGAAAUUGGGAAAGACGAUGAAGACGGAGGAUUUGCUCGCGGAGCCGAUGAAAGUGCUCUUCACUAAAGAGGCAGGCGGAUAUGCUAGCAAACUAUAG